CAGUCGGAGACAAUUCAGAAAUGAUUCCGCAACUGUCGAGCCCGGGUGAUGCUGCACAGCAGCAGCAGCAGCAGCGGCAGAAGCGGUGGCCAUCGUGGGCGACAUUGGCGAAUAAUCGUCCUUACUGUCUUCUUGUUGUUGUUUUGGUGCUGCUGUUGCUACUGUUGGUGCUGUUGAUGCUAACUGCUCCUGAUGAUGCUGCGGGGCAUACUGCUGGUGAUGAGAAAGAUGAUGAGGGCUGUGUUGCUGGUGGUAAUGUCUGGGCUGAAGCAGCGGUGGCGUCGAUGAUGUAGUAGUGGUGGCAGUCGUGGUAGUGGUAGUAGUAGAUGAAGACGAGGACGAUGAUCGGCGCGGAACGGGUAUCUGCAGCGAGGGUAUCUUGUGGGCAAAAAAUUUCCAUUUCCGAGGGUAUUGCCUCUCCAAAGAAGACGUCGUUGUCGAGGAGGGCGACCGUCGAUCAAAUUUUUCUUUCAACGCAGAAAAUAGGUGCGGCCGAAACGCUGACUCGUAGUGCCGAUGGUUGUCAAGUUGCGGCGUUGGUUCCAGGAACGCUGGUGCUUGUGCUGCUGCUUGUGCUUGCACUUGUGUUGCAGGUACUAUGGCUUGUUUCUGCAUUGCCAACUGCUCAUCUCCACAUGGUAGGGCUUGCUCAUCUUUUUUGUUGGGCGAAGCUGGCGACGGCGGGCGCAUCCUGGUUGACAGGUCCAGAAUUGGAGGCAGUUCCAAUGCGGUAGCAGAAGGUGGCGGCGUGGAUCCCACUACUACGGACGGACAAGCCGACGAUUGUACUGGCUGUGGCGCGUCCACAGACGGUGACGACGACGACGACGACGAGGACGAAACAAGUCGCAUCAUAUUAUAAUAAGAAAAAGGGGAGAAAGAGUGAAAAAAAUGGGAAGAGGGUGUGAGGGGAAAGAAGAAGAAAAGACAAAGUAAAAGAAAACCAAGAAGAGGAAAGGGGAUGUGGGUUUUGGUCCUUUGGGUUUGGAUGUGCGAGUGAAAAAAAAAAAAAA